CAAACUUUCUUCCACUCCCUUCCUUCGCUUCUUCCCUUGUUGCCUUGUCCUUUGCAAGUCUUUUCACCCUCCUCGAUUUCUCCACCACACCAUGGAUUCAACCUCCCCGACCUUCGGUACCCUAUCAAAAACCUUCGUCAAGAUCCUCCGCCUCCGACAAACCCCCUUCAUCUCCGGCAACGCCGCUCUCGGCAAGCAGAAACUAUCAGAAAACUUCAACGAGCUCUCAGCCGAUCCCCAUAACGAAAUAGAACUCCUCGUCGCAAAUCUCUUCGCCGGAGUCUCCGCCUUCAAGGCGGCAUACGCCCAACUCCAGCUAGCCCACGAGCCGUGCGAUCCUGACUUGAUCAACUUCGCCGACCGUUCCGUCGUCACCCAACUCAAGCGGCUCUCCGAGCUCAAACAGGGUUUUUUAAACAGAGCAGAACUGAAACAGAGUUCGAGCAGAUCUCAAGCACAAGUUCAGGAACAACGAAACCUUUUAAAGACUUACAAGAUCAUCACCGCGAAGCUGGAAUCCGAACUUCAGGCGAAAGAAUCCCAAAUUAGCUCCCUUCAAUCCGAGCUUCGUGUUGCCGAAAAGCAGUGCCGGACAUUGGAAACCAGACUCCGACCAGGCCGGACCCUCGCCGCUCUCGACGACCUUCACCUCUCCGGCCUGAACCCCACCCACUUCCUCACCCUUCUCCGCUCCACUGUCAAAUCCAUCCGUUUUUUCGUCAAAAUCAUGGUCCGUGAAAUGAAAUCCGCCGGAUGGGAUCUCACCGCCGCCGCUGGGGUGAUCCAACCGCUCCUACGCCGCCAACGGAACACCAACCACAACAUCUUCGCAUUCCAAUCUCAUGUCUCGCGAGUAAUGUUUUCCAAUUUCCAGCGCCAAUGUUUCGGUUGGCGGUCCGGUCGCGCCCGCCGAAGUUUCUUCUCCGAGUUCACGGAGCUCAAAUUUGUAAAUAAUAAACAGAGUUUCGAACGACAAUUACAAUUUCGGAAGUUUUGCAGGGGUAAGUAUUUAGGGCUGGUGCAUCCGAAGAUGGAAGCUUCGUUCUUUGGUAAUCUGGAGCAACGGAAGCUGGUAAGCUCCGGUAUGGGAUCGCCGGAGACGAAUUUCUUUGAGGGGUUUGCGGAGAUGGCGAGGCGGGUUUGGCUUCUUCACUGCUUGUUCUUUUCAUUCAAGGAAGAGGAUAAAGGAGUCAUCUUUCAGGCGAUGAGGGGGAGCCGGUUCUCGGAGUUGUAUAUGGAGAGCGUGGCGGAGGAGGAGGAUGAAGAGGGCAACGAUGAUCGUCGGCCGGCGGUGGGUUUCACAGUGUUACCAGGCUUUAGAGUGGGGAGGACGGUGGUCCAGUGCAGGGUCUAUCUAGCAUACAUGUAACGAAGCCAAGUGGACGGUUAGGAUGAUUUCGUCUGGUCGUAUUUUUGGAAAACGAAAUUAAAAAGAAAAGAUCACCUUACUUAUACAAGGAAAAGAGAGAGGUAUUUCAAUGUCUCAAAGUUUAAAUGUUGGUAUUUCAAGGCAGAUGAACGGCCCAAAAGGAUGAUAUUGAUGAUCAGACAUAUUUGCUAACGACUGUCUUGAGCUGGAUAUUGACAAGAGAGGCGUCUCGUUCAACCGAUCGGCAAAACGUGUUAGAAAAUAUUCUGUAGGGCGGGGAUCAACUCUCAAGACUAUUGAUAGGGAGCUCUUUUUGGAUUAAAUAUUGAUCAAGUUAAGGCUCACCUGAUGAUCGACACACUAUUAUUGAUCGAAUCGGUCUCUCGGUCUUAUUAGAUGCUAAUAACUUUGUAAGUACCAAAAAAUUCAUUUGGAAAGUCAAUGAUGACGAUAUCAAUAUGUAAUUUUAUAAUACUCGAACCUAUGUCAAUAAAUAGAGAGUUUAUAUCAUGAAUAAA